CGGCGGACAUGUUGCGGAAAAUAAAAACGGAAAAUCCCUCAUACCGAGAGCCCGGCAUGGAGCUUUGUACCAAGUUACAGUCGCAGGCCUCCACCGGGAGGCUUUAUCUGGAGACGGACAUUGACAGAGUGAGGCAACUUGAUGAACUCAUGGCUAAUGGUACUCUGAUCAAAGAGAGAAAUGAGACGCACCUGAAAAAGGCGCCGGAGAGAGCCAGCGAGAGAGACGACAGAAGUCUUUGGGAGAGAAAUGGAGCCUUGGCAGAUGAGAAAACAAAAGAAACGGAAGGGAAGGAAAAGGAUAAGAAAGUCAGUUACGAGCCAAGGUGGGCCUCGGGUGGAAGGAGUAACCCGUGUCCCAUCUUCAAGUGGCCGGAGGGUUUUCCCAGAAUGUCCUACAGGUCAAUUUCGCUGCCCAGAGCAGUUAACAUCACGGAUUGUGAUGGAGAGACACAACGUGACACGAGCUCUUUCCACGACCACAAAGAGGACCUCCGAAAGCGCCUGUCAUACACCACGCACAAGCUAGAGAUGGUGGAAAGCGAGUUCGACUCCACCCGUCAGUACCUGGAGACGGAACUGCGGCGGGCCCAGGAGGAGCUGGAGAAGUUUACAGAGAAGCUACGCAGAAUCCAGAGCAGCUAUGCGGCUCUGCAGAGGAUCAAUCAGGAUUUGGAGGACAAGAUGCACAGGACGUCUCAGCACCACGAAGAGGAGAAGAGAGCCCUCAGCCGUGAGAUUAUCGUCCUCAACAACCAUCUCAUGGAGGCCAAACUCACCAUCAAUAAACUCAAGGAGGACAACGACCUGUACAGGAAAGACUGCAACCUGGCGGCCCAGCUGCUGCAGUGCUCGAAAUCUCAUUACAGAGCUCACAAGAUGUCUGAGCUGCCACUGGACUUCCAGGAACGCGUUAGUUCUCACAUAAAGAAACAUAAUCAGGGUAGCGAAGCCACCAUGACAAUGUGCCAUUCCAACUACUCUGACGCUGUGCCCACAACCAUCAUAGCCAAGUUACUGGAAAAACCAGAACCGGGAAACAGUUGCCCCGUUACUCGCUCCCCGAGUCCACACCCACAGGAUGGAGACUCCCUGGCGGAACCGGGGAGUAACGAUCACGUCAACCGCCGAGUUGCGUACAAGUCCUCCGACCUGUACUGCAGCGAUACGGCCCUGUAUUGUCCCGAACGUUGGCAGGAAACGGACCGCCGGCAGAGCAUCGACCUCCACGGGACCACUAUGCUCCAGCUCCAUGCCCAAAACUCCACAGACAGCAACCCCGAUGAGGAAGCCUACCACUCCGGUAGCUUCGCCCAUCAUGAGCCGCCGUCGUCCUUUCACCGCCAUGAGGAUUUCAGCGCCGGAAGCCUCCCUGCCUCUAGUUCCUACUCGAGUUUCAGCCUCGCCUCAGAUGACAAAGGUGGCUUAGGUGUACGCACUGGUAGCAGCACUUUAUCCACUUCCCACCAAGGUCUGUACAUGGACUGGCGGGAUGGCGGUAGCGGGGAGUACGAACGCAAAGGCAUGUCUUCCUACGAUAAAGACGGCUCCGAUUUCCCCAAGUCCAACAGUAUCCAGCACAUUGCGACUUCGAGAAGUCCGCAGAAGGGCACCUCGCCGGCAUACACGAGGACCGGCUCUUGCUUCAGCGAACCGUACCAUUCCAGCACCCCUCGCCUGGCCUCGUCUCACAGUAUGGGAUCUACAACCGGGUUGGGUCAGGUACAAGGUACCACCCUGGAAAGCAAGGCCGAUAUCCACGUCCAAGAAGACGAGCUAAGCGGCCGCUGGAAGCAGUUGAGUGUGGAAGAUAUCAACACGUUCUCGUCUUCCUAUCGGAACGUCACAGGACGAAGCUCGCCGUACAGUUUCUCAGAGUGCCACUACGCCAUGGGCCCGUCGAGCAAGGCCAAGGGAUCUCACUACAGCAGCUUCCAAGAGGGAGAUGACGUCUUCCACAGCCACAUGCUGGAUCAGUGUUUCGCCUUGGGUUCCCCUUCCCCCAGUCGCAGCCCCAAACAUCCACCGGCGGAGCUUCGUAAACAGAAAAAGAACUCCACCGCGUACAGGGCCAAGGACGGCAAUCCAGAAAGCUCGUUGCUCUCAGGAAGUUCAAAGGAGAAGGAGCGUGUCAAGAAGGACUUUGUCAAUCUGAGUGCGGCAAGCUCGGCCGAGUCCUUACACCAAAGUCCCUUGGAAGCCUCAAGUCUUCAGCAUUACCCGAGCCCCAGGCCGAGUAUUCGGCAACGCCCGAGCUCCAGCUCCGCACUGAGCGCUGUCGGCCCGGCGCUCCCUAAGAAAACCUCUUCGAGAUACCAAAAAUUUGGCAGCACUGGGCUGACGAGGAAGGACAGUCUGACCAAGGCUCAGCUCUACGGCACGCUGCUCAACUGAAGCACCGAGGAAGGAGCUUGUUUUAUGCAUGACGAUGAUGAUUACUAGCCUUCUGUACUGUACUGUCUCAAAAGUUCUCCGCAGCAUACUUGGUGUGACGAGGGUGUUCAGUGUUUCAUGUAUCCUAGCCAAGGCAUGUUUCAUUGAGUCUGCGACAUCCUUUUCUAUCGUAUGUCAUAUUAAAGUGUAGCUUUUAGCUAGCGAAAAAUUGUGUAGCAAUUCAGUGACGAUUCAUUCUGUUGAUCUUUGGAGUCACUGGAAUGAAACCAUUUUCAGCAAGACAGACCAUGGACGUACUGUGCUUUGUGCUAAAACUUUGAUACUGAAUACUGUUAGGAAAACCAGCAAGAAACUUAACUCUUCUUCGAAAAAAGUAUAAAUAGUAAGUAAAUGUAAAGCAUGUGUAAUGGGAUACUAUUAUUCAUAACCAUUUUCCAAUUUUAUUGUAUCAACAACAGUGAGCUUGUAUAGCAAACCACAGAAAGUUAGUCAAAUGAAUUCGAAGUGACUGGACUCAAAUCAAAACAAUGCAAUGGUUCCGAUGCAAGCUGCAAGAGUUUGAACAAAACUCAGCUGGAUUUUGUACUAUUAUUUUUUGGGAAUUAUAAAAGUGAUGUUGUAUUGCACAAUCAUUAUCCACGUAGCAGGACACUGGCUAAGUUGCCUUAAUUCCGUUUAGUGGGGCACAACUUUGCAGAAUCUAACGAGUGUACAUACUGUAUAUGGGACAAAUAAAGGAAUGUCUUAUCUUGUAACAAAGGCGGUGUCUUGGGAAAGGGAGUGAGCCUCUUGUAUGAAUAGGAACAAGAUUGGAAUAUCUUCCACAUCACUUUCGGUUUGUUUUAUAUCAUUUGGGAGUUUUUGGGGAAGAAUUCAAUGGAUUCACAUUCAAGUGGAUUUACUGAUGAGAUGUGAAACGAGCGAAAUUGUAUAAAAUAAGAAAAAUAGGACUCAAGCGUUGAUGCGACCGAGUGUGCCAAUCAAGACUGUCCAAUUAAGCAUUAUACGUUUUGGCAUUUGCUUAAUAAUGAGAUGACAAGACAUUAUUUUAAUACGGUUUCUUCUUAUGUGGAGUUUGGAAGUCAUUAUUUUAAUUUGAGUGAAUUCCAUUAAAAUGACAUCCAGGAUCAUCACAGACACGGAAAUGGGCUGCCACUAUUUAUUUAGACAGCCCUUCAUGUUCUUUUUUUUUUCCCCUUUUGCAAGCUACUAAAGCAAAAUUGGAGAAGGAAUGAUUUUAGUGAAAUCGAGGAGAUCAUCAAAAAGAACUGAAUUUGAAUAUUAUGUUUCUACCUCUUAUUUUUUUUGCAAACAUUGGCUUCAACUGUUGUCAACAGAAAUGGCACUUAUUCACUAUAUUUUUUCAACAUUUUUGACAAAUUUCCAAUCUUAUGUUUAUUCCGUGUGUAUUGUAACUGAAUUUUGGAAAAUGAAUAUAACCACUGUACAAAUUAAAUUAUGUUAUUUUUGUUGAGGUGAUGUACAGAAAGAGACUGAUGGAAAAUGCAUCUUUACACAACAAUUCAACUAUUUUCUAUUCAGUGGUUAUGAUAUUUAUGGAAUGUGUUGAUCGGCCCAAGCAAGAAAUUCAAGUGGGUCUGUGCAGUCCUACCUCCUUAAUGGUCCCGCUAAAAACAGAAUGUGAACAUGUCUGUCUGAUGCAUGAUUAUCUAUUUUUGCUGUAUUUAUUUAAUAAAGAUGAGUGUUGGGAA